AUGGCGUCGUCGAAAUCGGUUAAAGUUUGCGAAUUGUUAUAUUUUAUUAAUAAUAAUUCGGAAUUGAUUAACGAAGAUACGUUUAUUUACAAUACAAGUGAAUUUUACAAUAGUGAGGAUAUAAAUGUUGCUAUUAAAUUGUUAAAAACUGAAUUGGAACUGUUAAAAUUAGAUAAAACUGAAAAAUUUCCAUCACGUGGCAGUGGCGGUAAUAAACGUGAAAAGUUAGUUGAAUGUCUAAAUUUGUUUAAAUAUUUUAAAGCGAACAAUUUGUUGGAUAAAUUGCCUGAUUUUUGUAGUAUUAAUAUGGAUAAAAUUCCUAACAUGGAAAAAUGGUUGAAACUAAAUUUUGAAUAUAUAAAAAAUGAAAUAAAACAACUGUUAUCUAGUCAGCAAACUCAGAUUAAUAAAAUGUUACUGUCGUUUUAUCUUGAUAUUGAAAAUUUGAAAACUAAGUUCAAUAAUCUUGAAAAUGUUGAUAAAGUAAAUAACAGCAAUAACCGGGAGCUAUUACCGGCAUAUCGUCAACAAUCUAACGACAAUUUAAAGGAUAUAAAUGACACAAGUGUUUUUAGUAAUAGUGUAGAAACGAUUUCUACACCAUGGACAAAUGUUGGUGUGCUAGCUGCUGCAAAAACAAGCUGUGAUUUACAAUCUGACGACAACGCCACUGACGACCGAUUUACACUAGUUCAGAAAAUUAAGAAAAGGUCUAAAUCAAGAGCAUUACCGACACCUGCAAAACCUGUCCAACUUGCUGUAAAAAACGACAAGGACUCACUAGCAAAACCUACCAAGUCUGAAGCUUUUGUAACAACAAACCAACUCAAUAUAGCAAAACCUACUAAGAUUGUGGGAUCAAUGACAACCAAUCCACUCUUCACGGCAUCUAAAUCUAUCAUUAGAAAAAAAAUCUUCUACAUUGGUAAUGUGAACUUGCCUGAUAUUAAUAACAAUAGGAUAUAUAAGAAAGGUGGCGGAACUGGUUUUUUGAUUAGAAAUAGUUUAAAUUAUGAAAUUGUAGAGAAAAUUAGUCAUAAUUUCAAUGAUUUUGAAUGGAGUGGUAUCAAAUUAGUUUGCAAUUCCAAACCCUGUUAUUACAUAUGCAUUUAUCGCCCGCCUAGUGGUAAGCUAAUCGACCCCCACAAAAUUGCCCUAGUUAAUGAGAAUUUAGCUGUAAUUAAAUGGGAACCUCAGUAUGGAGUUGAUCUUGAUUCUCAAUACGAUGGAUGUUUCAGAUAUGAACUGUAA